UCGAGUCAUUCAAAAUAGUAGAGAGGCGAGAGGACGCAGGACGCAGGUGAAUACACAUCUAAUUGAUAAAAGGCCUAUCUUUAAAAGUUCAGACAAUCACAGUACUAUCUCAACCAAAACUACAAGGAAAAAGUAUGCAUCCAUGACAAAAAAUGGGUCCACACCCAGCUGUUUUAGACCUAUAUACAUUUGGAAGAGGUCUAUCUGAAACUAGAGCUGCUCUUCUUGCCAACAGAGGUUUUGUGGUCUUUACAGUGUCAUUAUAUGGGUAUGAGGAUAAUCCUAAAAACGUGACCAAGAUCCAUCUGGAGUAUUUUGAGGAGGCGAUUCAGUUCUUGAAAAAUCAGCCGCAGGUUCGCGGCUCUGGAGUAGGUUUGUUAUCACUGUCCAAAAGUGGUGAUCUAGCACUGUCCAUUGCCACUUUUCUGCCAGGCAUCGCUGCUACCGUAUGGAUCAAUGGCUGCAAUGCCAAUGCCAUGAUUCCUCUUCACAACAAAGGCACAGUCAUACCUCCCCUAAUGAUUGAUACCACAAGAGUCUUUGCUACCAAGUCAGGGGCCUUAAAUAUCAAAUAUGUCAUUAAUGACCCAAUGGCAGUGGAGAAUCAGGCAACACUCAUCCCAAUUGAGAGAGCCAAUGGAAGGUUUCUCUUUGUUGCUGCAGAGGAUGACCAAAACUGGGACAGUUGUUAUUUUGCAGAUCAGGCAAUGCAACAACUGAGGCGUCAUGGGAAGGAUAAUUACGAGUCAGUAUUUUACCCUGGGGCAGGACACUACUUAGAGACACCCUACAUGCCCUUCUGCCCGUCCAGUAUUCAUAGUGUUUUCGGAAAGCCUGUUGUGUGGGGAGGUGUGCCCAGGUCCCACGCAGCAGCAGAGGUCAACCUUUGGAGGAGGAUUCAGGAGUUCUUUAGAACUAACCUGGCAAACGAUAGCAACUUGAGUAAAGCCAGGUUAUAAAAUGUUGAAAUGAAAACUGGAUAAAUAUGUGGUGCUUAAUGWUUUGCUAUGUAGUAGAGCUUAACUCAUAAUGAACAUAUUUUACAUGAGCUUAACUCACAAGUUCAAAAUGCCUUGAUAMUCCAUGCCUGACACAUUGCCCCCGCCCCCUUUUAUAAUGACAAGUUAUCCAGACUGUAUGUAAACUGUUUAAUUGCAACAUGAAGAGAAACACAUMAUUUAGUUUAUGUAUAUUGUUAUGAUGGUUUGUGCCUUUUCAGAGUGGAUUGGCUGUAAAAGAACAGACAUUCAUGUAUUUAGAUGCCAAUCCUUUGUUUCUUGCUACUAUUGUUCACUUUUCAUGAAUGUAUUACAUAUAAUAAAAGUUACCWCUAGCAAGUGGUGUACCAGAGGCAGCAACCCCACAGAAUGAUCACACCUCUCCCCCGUAUUUGAUUGAAGGAAGGGUGUUCUUUUCUUUGAAUUCUUAAGUUGGUCUUUGGUAAACAUAGGAAGACCCCACCUCUGAAAGAGACACAAAACCCUGAUUGAACUUAUGGAAAAAAAAACACCCAAACAAGCCUGAAUCCUGGGGGAAAUGUUCUUUGGACUGAUGAAACAAAAUUAGAACUCUUUGGCAAUGCAAAUCAAUGCUAGGUUUCCUGACGACCAAUUGAAGCAUUCAAAGGGGUUGCUUUGCUGCCUCUGGUACUGGGRGCCUUGAACGUGUGCAAGGCGUCAUGAAAUCAGAAGAGUAUCAAGGUGUUUCRGAGUCCAAUGUUAAACCCAGUGUACAAAAACUGGGUCUCCUUUGAAGGUUGUGGGUCUUCCAGCAGGACAACGACCGCAAACAUACAUCAAAAUGCAUGGAAUGGUUCAAGAAAAAUACACGGAACUGUUCUGGAGUGGCCAGCAUUGAUCCCGUGUGGCUCAGUUUGUAGAUCAUGGUGCUGGCAACACMARGGUWAUGGGUUUGAGUUAUUUAGCUAGGCAAGUCAGUUAAGAACAAAUUCUUAUUUACAAUUUCGGCCUACUCCGGCAAUGCUGGGCCAAUCGUGCGCCACCCAAUCACGGCCAGAUGUCAUACAGMCUGAAUUUGAACCAGGUACUAUAGUGACAC